AUGCGCGCGCCUGUGGGCGCCAACCGCCCCAACGGACGCUGGGAGCAGGUGCAGGACAGAGUCCCGCCCCCAGUGGGCGUGCUCCUGUUGGAGCAGGUCACUCUCUGGAUUCUCGACUUGACUUUUCUCAUUGUGGAGGCUACUAGGCAGCAGUGGUCGGUGAAUGAGCCUGCGGGGAUGGCUUCAGAAGGAGCAUCUGCAGUGCUGGUAGCGGAUGUGACCCUGAAGCCCGGUGCCUCCAUGACUCCUUUCACGGCACAGCCCUUUCCCCUGCCCACUACUGGCCCCGCACACCGGCCACCUUGGGAGCAGCACCUGCUGCCCCUCAGGACCCCGUCAUUCCCUCCUGGCCGCCCCCUGGUGCUGCCCGCUUUGCCCAGGACACCUCUGGUGGCAGGAGAUGCUGGUCAAGGCCCCGUUGGGCCUGGGGCUUGUAACAUCAUGGACCAGGUCAGGUCAGAAGGGGGACGACCACAGCCCUCCCAGACUCAGACCAUUGUCCUGACUCAGGCCCCCCUCAAUGGGAGUGCUCCAGGGGCCAUCUGUGGGGGUGCUGUGUGUCCUGCACCCCUCUUCUUGGAAGCCACUGCGGUGGAGACCAUUAUGCCCGCCUCGGCUUUUGGGGGCACCCAGGCCGGCGAUGGAGGCUGGUGUCCCGGCCUUCCUCCUCAAGCUCCACCACCAGCUGCCCAGCUGGCCCCCAUGGUCCCCCGAGUGGACCCUGGACCACGGCCACACGUGGCUUCCAGGGAGGGUGGCCUGGCCGCCUCCCAGUCCAAGGCCUCGCCGGAUGACGCCUGUAACCCCAAGAGUGUGUAUGAGGACUUCCGUCGUUGGCAGUGCUUCAAGGCCCUGGCCCGGGGGCACCUUCCCCAGAGUCCUGAUGCGGGAGCUCUUUGCUGCUUCCUCAUGCCAGCGCUCCGGUCCCUGUCCCUCCUGAGGCCCACCAUGACGCUGGAGGAGGGAAUAGGGCAGGCCAUGCAGGAAUGGCAGCGCAAGAGCAACUUUGAUCGGAGGGUCUAUUCUGAGAUGGCAGAAAAGUUCAUGGAGUUUGAGGCAGAGGAGCAGAUGCAGUUCAGAAGCCCCGCUGACUCCCAGUUUGCUCCCUGCCAAGGGGCUCACAGCCGCUUCCUUCUGUCCCAGGUGGAGGAGGUCAUUCACCCCCAAUUCAUGGAACAAAUAAUUUCCCCGGACGCACAACAGGAUCCCUUGGCCCUAGCUGAGGAGUUGGAGCAGGAAGAAGGGCUCACUGCUGCCCAGCUGGUAGAGAAGCGAGUGCUGGCCUCCAUGGCGGGGGGCGUGCAGGCACCCCCGAGUCACGGUGCUCCCCUAUGGGACUCAAGUCCUUCUGAGUCUGCGACCAGCCAAGAUGUCCAGAGGCGUGACCGUGGCCCCCAGCUGGGGGUCAGUGACAAAGCCUGCCCACCAGAGACUGACUUCAAGGACCAGCAAAGGCGCGGCCCAGCAGGCGCCCACCGGCCCAGGCCCCAGGCCUUUGCUGUCUCUGCGGGGCGUCAGGAGCACCCACCACUCCGGGCUCGAUGCCCCCCCUCUGCUCCCCAGGGCCACGGGCCUGCUGACUGUGCACUGGACCCCAGGGAGGCCUGCGUCCCCAGAGAGGCCUCUCCUGUCAGGGAGACUCGCGGGCCAGCGGACAGGCCCCGUGUGGAGGACGAGGACCUCUGCAGCCUGGCCUUCCUCUGGGCCUCUCCCAGCCGCCUGCUGCCCUGCGCGCUCUCUCUGAGUCCUGUCCCCGCCUUGGGCCUGGCCCGCCCUGGAGGUCGGGGGCCCCGGGGCGCGGCCCAGACCCAGUCCCUUCAGAGACAGAGACGAGGCCGAGCUGCACCUGCAGCGUCCAAGUCUCAGAAGCGGGCUCUGGGGGGAGGCCCCGUCCACGCUGAGAAGACCCCCCGCCCAGGGGCCGACCUCGGGGUCUGUGGGCGGCCAGCACUGGCUCUGGGACUGGUGCCCUCCUCACAGCCUCGCAAGAGGAAGUGUGACCCGUCUGACCCAGGGAGUGGGAGGAAGCGGCACUGCAGCCAGGAUGGAGCAGAGGGGUGUGCCCCCCACUGCCAGCGCCCCGAGGGGCCCAGACUGCAUGGGGCCUGGCUGUCCCCCAGAGGAGCCAAGGGCUCCUUCUCAUCGCAGGGCUGAUCCUGCUGUUCCACUGACAUGGGAGG